GCCAAACGCCCUCCCUCUUCCUCACACACUGGAUAAAAACGACGAGAAGGCUGGCAUCGAGAACAUUAUAUUCCAAGAACACCAAGGACGCUUUCUAACGUGUGAGAUACGGAGAAGAAGCAAGCCGGUGCACACACAAUACUUGGAAGUCUGCGCAUCUCCAGCCAUGUACCGAACAUUGGGACUCUUCAUCUUCCUGUCAGCUCUCUGCUGCGCCCUAACGGACGAGGUUGAGCUCAGACGCAGCAAGAGGGGGACUCGAUAUUACAGAGCGAGGUGUGUGGAUGGGGAGACGGCAGCGGUCCGUAACUACGGCGAGUCGUGGAUGAGGUGGAGCGGACAGCGUGCGGAGUAUUGUCGUUGUUCCACACGAGGACGAGAGCGCUGUCACUUUGUGCCCGUCAUCAGUUGCUAUGUGUCUCGCUGCUAUAACGGAGGUACCUGUAAGGAGGCGGUGUACUCCUCAGACUACCUGUGCCAGUGUCCUCCAGGCUUCAUGGGCUCCCAGUGUGAGAUCGGCACCAGUGAGAAGUGUGUGGUGGGCCAGGGUGGGGGUUACCGUGGUACCUGGAGAAUAAGUCGCAGCGGCUCGGAGUGUAUCAACUGGAACUCCACCUCUCUGAGGGGGAAGAAAUUCACCGCCAGGAGGCCCGACGCUGACAGCCUGGGUCUGGGGAACCACAACUUCUGCAGGAACCCAGACAGUGACAGCAGCCCUUGGUGUUAUGUCUACAGAGGGAUUGAGGUGUCCUGGGAGUUGUGCUCUCUGCCCAAGUGUCCAGCAGACCCUAACCUGGAGUGUGUGCUGGGGUCUGGACAGUCCUACAGGGGGACCACAGCUGUCACUAAGGGGGGGUCUCGGUGCUUGUCCUGGGACUCCCCUAUCGUGUCCCGCAAGAUCUACACUGCAUGGAGGUCAGAUGCCAGGACGUUGGGCCUGGGCAGUCACAACUUCUGCAGGAACCCUGACGGAGAGAGGGCCCCAUGGUGUCACGUUUACGAAAACAUGCAGCUCACCUGGGAAGUGUGUGACAUCACCAAAUGCUCCGGCAGACCCGGCCGCAUCACGACGCUGGGUCCUAGAGCCCCCACCACCAACAACGAUCACAAAGCGACCUGUGGCCAGCGGAUAGACAACUCGUUGAACAUGCCGGCGUUCCGUAUCCAUGGCGGCCAGGAGAGUGACAUCACAGAGCAGCCGUGGCAGGCUGUCAUCAACGUGUACCGCCCCCGAAGAAACAUACAACACUUCCUGUGCGGGGCGGUCCUCAUAGACAGCUGCUGGGUGCUGUCUGCCGCUCACUGCUUUGAUGAGAGGUUCAAAGCAGAGAACUUACAGGUGGUUCUGGGUAGAACGUUCCGGAAGCAGAACUCGAGCAGUGAGCAGAUCUUUGAGGUGGAGAAGUACUGGAUUCACGAAAACUACUAGGAAAAUGAAAACUUCGACCAUGACAUCGUCCUGAUGAAGCUGAAGAGUGACAUUGGACUGUGUGCGGUGACGUCCCCUGAGGUCACGCCUGCCUGCCUGCCCGACCCCAACCUGGCUCUGCCCGACUGGACCGAGUGUGAGAUCUCAGGCUACGGGAGGAAGCAGGAGUUCGAUGCAGAGUACUCGGAGCGGGUGAAGAGAGGCCGCGUGCGCCUGUGGCCCCAGGAUCGCUGCGUGCCCGGCGUGUUGUCAGGGCGACCGGUCACCGCCAACAUGCUGUGUGCCGGGGACACCCGCGGCCUGGAUGAUGCCUGCAAGGGUGACUCUGGUGGCCCCCUGGUGUGUCCUAAGGACGGCAGGAUGACCCUGAUGGGGCUGAUCAGCUGGGGGGACGGAUGUGGGAAGAGGGACGUCCCCGGUGUCUACACGCGUGUCACACGCUACACGGACUGGAUCAAGAGCAAAAUGCAGGCCAACUGAGGAGCGCACACAACACACACAGACCAACACAUAGAUGCACAAACACACACACACAGACACACACACAGAUGCACAAACACACACACAGACCAACACACAGACGCACAAACACACAGACACACAUAGAUGCACAAACACACACACACAGACCAACACACAGAUGCACAAACACACACACAGACCAACACAUAGAUGCACAAACACACACACACAGACCCACACAUAGAUGCACAAACCGCAGACAUGCCCAAGCUAACACAUGGACGGACUGAGAGUUUGAAGUGACAGAGGCACAACCCGAACCGCCUCCAUACCCCUUCGUCGGGGGUGUCCUGCGUAGACGUUUUCUCAGCGCCUCAGUAACCUGUGGUGCUGAAGAGCACCUGAGUCCUGCACGCUCGGCUCUCGACACCCUGACCCCAACCAGGACCACCUCAAAGGGCCUUCUGCACAGAAAGGUGUCCUUCUGUGAUGUUUCGGCCUCAGUGACAUCCCUGUAUUCUGUCAGUCUGUAGAUGUCUUCAGAGGAUAGGGCCUUUGGAGCAGGGUACGAGUAUUCCUCUCCACACAUACAGUUGAAGCCACUCUGCAUCAAUCGUCAAUACAUUAAAUGUUGUCUUUCAAAACAAGGGAAAUACUAGGAAGCUCUCUUUGGCACUGUGUAUUUUGGAAACCCUCCCUCGCACCAAACCAAUACACAGUGGUACUAGAACCAGUACUAGAGCGUGUGUUUACCAGAACCAGGACACAGUGGUACCAGAACCAGAAAACUAACUUCCCUGACCCUCUGCUGGAUCAGAGUCAACAACAGUCCGAGGCUUCCCUCCCUACACCGCUCGACCAGUCCUCCUCUCCUGCAGGUGGAAAUGACCCUGUGGCGUCAGUCAAAGCUAUCGGCCUAUCAAAGCUUUCUUUCAAAUCACAUAGGGAUUAGGGAAGAGAGAGGGAGAGAGAGAGAGAGAGAGAGAGAGAGAGAGAGAGAGAGAGAGAGAGAGAGAGAGAGAGAGAGAGAGAGAGAGAGAGAGAGAUGGAAGGAGGGGCUUUGAAAUCUGGCUACUGACCUUACAAGCUGUACUUCAUAGUGUGUUUGGGUUGAGCC